AUGCUUAUCGACCCCGUCACAGAGAUCCCGACACGGCUGGCGCUUCGGAGAGACGAAAGGGGCGCACCGGUCCGCGUCGCCCGCCGCAGCGGUGUCAUAGUGCCCUGGCCCGACAGCUCUGUUGCAUGCAACGACAGCAGCAGAGGCUCAGUGGAGUAUCUCCGCAGCAAGCAGCAGCAGCAGCAGCAGCAGCAGAAGCAGCAGCAGCGGGACAUGGACACGGCCCUUCCUGGACCCAAGGACACGCCCAAGGAAAAAGCGCUCGAAAGAACUUACGACUACGCUAAGGUUAGCCGAGCAGCAGCAACAGCGCAACAGCAGCAACAGCAGCAACAGCAGCAACAGCAGCAGCAACAGCAGCAGCAGCAGCAAUGCAGCAGCAGCAACUGCGUCGAACUGUGUGCCGGUUUCGCAGGAAGUGGCAACGAUGGAUGCCAUCCGAUUUAUGAUGGCGAAGUACAACAGAGACUUCUGCUGAGACAAAAGAAGCUGCAGUAG